AUGAAACAAAUAGUCAACUAUCCAUUGGUCUUCCAGGAAAGUUGGUUGAAGGAUUUCGUCAUAGAAUGUAUUGGACAUCAUAUUUAUACUAGCAGCUUGUAUAUCAAAAAAGGUUUCACAAAGAAUGAUGUGAAAGUAAUGCCAAUACUAAGGAUCUUUAAAUUCUUAAAUUCCACGAGCUCAUUAGGUAUUACAGCUAUAUUGGCCGACUCAAAGCAUAAAAUUCUUGCUUAUUUUCCAUUUCGUCCCACAAUUGUCAAGUUUGAAACGUUUUAUAAGCAGCGUUUGACUUUUCACACAGCCAAUUGUUUAAUCACGGUUCAGCAGGCAAAUCUCAAAUUUAUCAACAAAACAGAACUUCACAAUGAUUACUGCGUAGAUUUCAGUAACGACAUAGAUAUAGCGAUUUUGGAAAUCAUUGACUUUAAGAUUUUUCAGCGGGACCAAGUUCUGUUGCACAACAGUAUUGAAAACUCUUUGUCUUUCCUCUAUGAUGAUGGUGACUACAAAUCACUGUGCAGAAGAACAACAGGUGGUUUGUUUCUUUCUUCAAGUGCCAUGGCCGAAGAUGAUGAUGUAGUCUCCAGUUAG